CAAACGCUUCAAAGUGUCGAAUAAACCAAUCGUAAUUUUCUUUUACGAGCUCCAAAGCGUUUGUAACUUCAAACGGAUCCUAUCUUUGAAAAUACACAUUGUUUUUUGCGUUGCAGUCCAUAAAACUUAUAUAAAGUCAUAUAUUUGUUCAAAUUUUUUUAUCAUCGAUUAAAAUUAAGAUAAAGAUGGUGAAAUCUUGCGUCUUGAAAAAUUGUAAAAAAGAUUGGAAACCAUUUUCGGAAGUUGGAUACCACAGUUUUCCAAUUGCGAAUAAAAAACUUUUCGCAAAGUGGACUGACAAUAUCCCCAAAGAUUUAUUGCCGAAUUGGAUGAAAAAUGCCUACAUUUGUAGUAAACAUUUUGAAAAGAGUUGUUUUGAAAUUGGUGUUGUUCGCAAAAUAUUAAAAAAAGAUGCCGUCCCUACUAUUUUUAAAAAUUUUAAAAAUUCCGAUAAACACGAAGAUGAUACUAAUACUUCUAUAAAUAAGACAAAUUUAAACAGUGAGUCAUCAUCACAGCAACCUGUCAAACAACCCAUCAUAGAUUCUACAGAUAAUGCUAUUUGUGUUAAUUCUUAUAAAAAUAUUCCAGAUUUAAGAACGGUACGCAAAAUCGAUGCUGUGGUACAAGUAGAAAGUCGUUACUUACCUGUGUCCCCUGUAAAAGCAAAACUUAAAAAAGAUAUAAGAGCUUUACAACAACGAUUAAGACGAAGAGACGAAGCUCUCACAGCCUUGAAAUUAUUGUUGGUCCAGCUUAAAAUGUACAAAGGCAUUAAGUGAAGUCUUAGUGAAUAAUUUCUCAGCGAUACAUAUAUUGUCCAGAAAACACAAAAUAAAACUACCAUAUCAUAAAUGUUAAAGAAAUUUAGAAUGCAAUAAGCUUGUUAUAUUAUUAUGUACAGCAAUAUGUAAGCAAUAUUUUAAAUUAUUAAUAAAUAUUAGAUAAGCUAGUAA